GGGAGAUAAAAAAAAAAAGAAAACCCUAAUUAAACAUUAUUGUUAUUUCGUUUCAGUCAUUUUCUUGAUCAUCAUAUCAUAGAGAUUAAAAACAUAAAUUAUUAACAUUUAUUAACAUGGAGCAUAUUAAAAAGAAAAUGUUGGCAAUGAAAUUAGACAAAGAGAAUGCUGUAGAUGAGGCUGAUCAGCUAGAAGCAAAACUACGUGAAAAAGAAUUAGAAAUGCAAACUAAAGAUGAAGAGGCUGCAGAAGUUAUCAAAAAAAUUCAACAGGUUGACACUGACAAAGAAACUGCACAAACUCAGUUAGCUGAAACUAACACUAAAUUGGAGGAAACAGACAAACGAGCAACUGAGAACAAUCGAAAUCAUACAGAGAAUGUUUCGGAUGUAAUUCAAUCCACCAAAUUCACCCCACGAGUCUCAUUUUACGAUACAUCUCGAGAGUCUAAUGGGCACACCUUGGACGGCUCAAUUGUGAAGAAUCAGGUUCAUAAGAUUAAGCACUUGACACACAAAGGAGUAAGAAGAAGGAAUCAAGACAACUCAAGAAUAAAGGAGGAGCCAAAAAGAAUCAAAACUUUUUUAACGUUACUUUCUUAUGACUGGAGAUUCGGCUACCAGAAUCGGUUGUCGGAUGUGAUAGAAUCUGGAGUUCAUCCAGUGGAAUUACUCGGACCAAGGUUAGAACCUGAGGGUGAAGACCAGGUGACUUUAGAGAGGUAUUCAGAGUGCAGGAAUUUACCAUACGAAGGUACAGAUGAUCCGUUAUUUUCCGAUUAUGGGAGCGAAAGUGACGAUGAAGACGAAUACAUUAAACGGAGACGCAGCUCGAAGUUCAUCGACGACAACUCUGCUAUGGAAGAAGCUUUAUCAGCCGUCUAUCUUAAUUCCGGAACACUCAUAAAGAUGGCAAUCAUUGGUGUUGAGCUGCAAAAUGUUAUCAAAGUUUCCUUACGAAAGGCCGAAGCUGAAGUCGCCUCACUACAGAAGAGAAUUCGACAGCUUGAAGAUGAAUUGGAAUCUACCGAGACUCGUCUUCAAGAAGCUACUGUUAAGCUCGAAGAAGCGAGUAAAGCUGCUGAUGAAAGUGAUCGUGGUCGUAAAGUAUUGGAGAAUCGUACUUUCGCAGAUGAAGAACGUAUCAAUCAGUUAGAAGAACAAUUAAAGGAAUCUACAUUUAUGGCUGAAGAUGCUGAUCGAAAAUACGAUGAGGCGGCUCGUAAGCUGGCUAUCACGGAAGUGGAACUCGAACGGGCUGAGUCUCGAUUGGAAGCUGCCGAAAGUAAAAUUACAGAACUCGAAGAAGAGUUACGCAUUGUUGGUAAUAAUGUAAAAUCUUUGGAGAUAUCUGAACAAGAGGCAGCCCAACGUGAAGAGGCAUAUGAAGAGAAUAUUCGUGAUUUAACUGAGCGCUUAAAAGCUGCUGAGGAUCGAGCUCAAGAAUCUGAACGACUUGUCAAUACUUUACAAGCUGAUGCCGAUCGUCUUGAAGAUGAAUUGGUCACUGAGAAAGAGAAAUACAAAGCACUCAGUGAAGAAUUGGAUUCAACCUUUGCAGAACUUACUGGAAACUAAUUAUCACAUGACUUCUAUCCUGUAUCCUCCUCUCUCUCUCUCUCUCGUUUCUCUUUAUAUUCUCUAAACUGUUACUAAGUGUUUUUUUCGAUCCUUACCCAACUGGCACCUUAAUUCAUUCAAUAUAUUCUGCUUAUAUGAUAUACAAUUAAUUUGUAUCUUAUUAAUGUCUUAUCAUAAAUCAAAAAAACCAAUGAUCAAUUAGUCUUUGAUUAUCAUUUCUCGAAUUCAUUUUCUCCUCCUCCCCCCCCCCAAAUAUUGAUUAUAUCCCAUAUAUAUAUGUGGGAUGUUUUAUUGGAUCAAAAAAAAAAAAACUAAGAUCAAUCAACUUUGUCAAAUUCUUUUCAUUCAUUUUACUUAUGUCACAAUGAUCCAAAUGAUGGUAACAUUUAAUUAUGAUGUGAUGAUUUUUCUUUUCUUUGAAUAAAUCAACCUAUUCCUAGAUUUCCUUAUAUUUAGAACCUUAAAUUUUGAUGGGAAUUACACGUAAUUAUGCAAAUAAAUAUACAUAUACAAUAUACAUUUUCAACUU